AUGCUGGGUUUCAUUUCUAGCUCCAGGACGGCGCGCUCCGAGGAGGAUCGGGAUGGCCUGUGGGACGCCUGGGGCCCAUGGAGCGAGUGUUCACGCACCUGCGGUGGAGGGGCCUCCUACUCCCUGAGACGCUGCCUCAGUAGCAAGAGCUGCGAAGGAAGAAAUAUCCGAUACAGAACAUGCAGUAAUGUGGACUGUCCCCCAGAAGCAGGUGAUUUCCGAGCUCAGCAAUGCUCAGCUCACAAUGAUGUCAAGCACCAUGGCCAGUUUUACGAAUGGCUUCCUGUGUCCAAUGAUCCCGACAACCCUUGCUCCCUCAAGUGCCAGGCCAAGGGAACCACCUUGGUGGUGGAACUGGCACCGAAAGUUUUGGACGGCACCCGCUGCUACACGGAGUCUCUGGAUAUGUGCAUCAGCGGGUUGUGCCAGAUUGUUGGCUGUGAUCACCAGCUGGGAAGCACCGCCAAGGAAGAUAACUGUGGGGUCUGCAAUGGAGAUGGGUCCACCUGCCGACUGGUCCGAGGGCAGUAUAAAUCCCAGCUCUCUGCAACCAAAUUAGAUGACACAGUGGUUGCGAUUCCCUAUGGAAGCAGACACGUCCGCCUUGUUUUAAAGGGACCUGAUCACUUGUUUCUGGAAACCAAAACUCUGCAGGGGGUUAAAGGUGAAAGCAGUCUCAGCAUUACAGGAUCCUUUCUUGUGGACAAUUCUAGUGUGGAUUUCCAGAAAUUUCCAGAUAAAGAGAUACUACGAAUGGCGGGGCCACUCACAGCAGAUUUUAUUGUCAAGAUCCGCGAUGCAGGGCCUACAGACAGUACGGUCCAGUUCAUCUUCUACCAGCCCAUCAUCCAUCGGUGGAGAGAGACAGAUUUCUUUCCUUGCUCGGCAACCUGUGGAGGAGGCUACCAGCUGACUUCUGCUGAAUGUUACGACCUUCGAAGCAACCGCAUGGUUGCUGACCAAUACUGUCACUAUUACCCAGAGAACGUCAAGCCCAAGCCCAAGCUGCAGGAGUGCAAUCUGGAUCCUUGCCCAGCCAGUGACGGAUACAAGCAGAUCAUGCCUUAUGACCUCUACCAUCCCCUUCCUCGGUGGGAGGCCACCCCGUGGACCGCGUGCUCCUCCUCGUGUGGGGGGGGCAUCCAGAGCCGGGCAGUUUCCUGUGUGGAGGAGGACAUCCAGGGGCAUGUCACUUCAGUGGAAGAGUGGAAAUGCAUGUACACCCCUAAGAUGCCCAUCGUGCAGCCCUGCAACAUUUUUGACUGCCCUAAAUGGCUGGCACAGGAGUGGUCUCCGUGCACAGCGACGUGUGGUCAGGGCCUCAGGUACCGGGUGGUCCUCUGCAUGGACCACCGAGGCAUGCACACCGGCGGCUGUAGCCCGAAAACGAAGCCCCACAUAAAGGAGGAAUGUAUCAUCCCCACGCCCUGCUAUAAACCCAAAGAGAAACUCCCGGUGGAGGCCAAGCUGCCGUGGUUCAAACAAGCUCAAGAGCUAGAAGAAGGAGCCGUUGUGUCAGAAGAAGCCUCGUUCAUCCCAGAGGCCUGGUCGGCCUGCACGGUGACCUGUGGCGUGGGGACCCAGGUGCGAACGGUCAGGUGCCAGGUGCUCCUGUCUUUCUCUCAGUCGGUGGCGGACCUGCCUGCUGAUGAGUGCGAGGGGCCCAGACCCGCCUCCCAGCGUGCCUGCUACGCGGGACCCUGCAGCGGGGAGCUCGCAGAGUGGACCCCGGAGGAGAAGCAGGGGCUCCUUGGAGGCCUGCAGGACGUGGACGAGCUCUACGACUGGGAGUACGAGGGCUUCACCAAGUGCUCCGAGUCCUGCGGAGGAGGUGUCCAAGAGGCUGUGGUGAGCUGCCUGAACAAACAGACGCGGGAGCCUGCCGAGGAGAGCUUGUGCGUGACCAGCCGCCGGCCCCCGCAGCUCCUAAAAUCCUGCAACUUGGACCCUUGCCCAGCAAGGUGGGAAAUUGGCAAAUGGAGUGCAUGUAGUCUAACCUGUGGGGUUGGCCUUCAGACCAGAGCGGUCCACUGCUCCCACCUGCUUUCCAGGGAGUUGAAUGAAACGGUGAUGCUGGCUGACGAGCUGUGCCAUGAGCCGAAGCCCAGCACUGUGCAAGCCUGUAACCGAUUCAACUGCCCUCCAGCCUGGUACCCUGGACAGUGGCAGCCGUGUUCCAGGAGCUGUGGAGGGGGUAUUCAGAAACGGGAGGUUGUGUGCAAGCAGCGUAUGGCUGACGGCAGCUUCUUGGAGCUUCCUGAAACCUUCUGUCCAGCCUCAAAACUGCCCUCCCAGCAAGCCUGCAGGAAAGAGGACUGCCCCAGCGAGUGGCUACUCUCCGACUGGACAGAGUGUUCCAAGAGCUGUGGCGAGGGUACCCAGACUCGCAGCGCCAUUUGCCGGAGAGUGCUGAAAACUGGUAUUUCCACUAUUGUCAAUUCCACCCUGUGCCCGCCUCUGGCCUUCUCUUCUUCCAUCAGGCCCUGUAUGCUGGCAACCUGUGCAAGGCCCGGGCGGCCAUCCCCGAAGCACAGCCCUCACAUAGCGGCCGUGCGGAAGGUGUACAUCCAGACGCGCAGGCAGAAGAAGCUGCACUUCGUGGUGGGGGGCUUCGCCUACCUGCUCCCCAAGACCUCAGUGGUGCUCCGCUGCCCCACGCGGCGCUUCCGCAAGCCCCUUAUCACCUGGGAGAAGGACGGCCAGCACCUGGUCAGCUCGGCGCACGUCACCGUGGCGCCCUUCGGCUACCUGAAGAUCCACCGGCUCCAGCCGGCCGACGCGGGCGUGUACGCGUGCUCGGCGGGGCCCGCGCGCGAGCAGCUUGUCAUCAGGCUCCUGGGCGCCAACCGGAAGCUGGGGGCGCGCACUGGAAGCUGGAGCCGGAGGCGCGAGGAGGAGGCGGCGGCGCCGAUGGCGCGGAAAGGUGGGGCGCACGAGGCCCUGCGCACCCACAAGCACCAGAACGGUGUGUUUGCCCACGGCAGCAAGGCAGAGAAGCGGGCCCUCUCCGCGGACCCCGGCAGCCGCUACGAUGACCUCGUGGCCCGGCUCCUGGAACAGGGCGGCUGGCCCGGCGAGCUGCUGGCGCCCUGGGAGACCCAGGACUCGGCCGAGAGGAACGCGUCCUCGGAGGAGGACCCGCACGCUGAGCCGGCUCUCGUGCACCUUCCCUUCACCCUGGUGGCCGAGCAGCAGCGCCUGGACGACAUCCUGGGGAACCUGUCCCAGCAGCCCGACGAGCUGCGCGACGUCUACAGCAAGCACCUGGUGGCGCAGCUGGCCCAGGACGUCUUCCGCGGGCACCUGGAGCCCUCGGAGCCGAGGCUGCCCCUCGUUGCCAUCCCCGCGGACAAGCCCGUGUCCAGCUUCAGCAGCGCCCUCCGCACCGCUGCCGCCGCCACCGCCUCCGCCUCCGGGGAGGCCGCUGGGACCGCCUCGCGCCGGCCACAGCGCAAGCCCACCAUCCUGCGCAAGAUCUCGGCCGCCCAGCAGCUCUCGGCCUCCGAGGUGGUCACCCACCUCGGGCAGACCGUGGCGCUGGCCAGCGGCACCCUGAGUGUCCUCCUGCACUGCGAGGCCGUGGGCAACCCGAGGCCGACCAUCAGCUGGGCCCGGAAUGGAGAAGAAGUGCAGUUCAGCAGCAGGAUUCUUCUACAGCCAGAUGAUUCCUUACAGAUCUUGGCACCAGUGGAAGCUGAUGUUGGUUUCUACACUUGCAAUGCCACAAAUGCCCUGGGCUACGACUCCGUCUCCAUUGCUGUCACUUUAGCAGGAAAGCCGCUAGUGAAAACAUCACGAUUGACUAUCAUCAACACAGAGGAGCCUACAAUCACAGCUGACAUAGGAAGCACCAUCCAAACAGUGCAAGGAGUAAAUGUCACCAUUAACUGCCAAGUUGCAGGUGUGCCUGAAGCAGAAAUCACUUGGUUCAGGAACAAAAUCAAAUUGGCCUCCCCUCCCCAUCUCCAUGAGGGCUCCUUACUGCUCACAAAUGUGUCCUCCUCAGACCAAGGCAUUUACUCUUGCAGAGCUGCAAAUCUGCAUGGGGAGCUGACUGAGAACACCCAGCUUCUGAUCCUAGAUCCCCCUCAAGUCCCCAUGCAGUUGGAACACAUCAGGGCGUUGCUCUUAGCCACUGGACCGAACCUUCCUUCGGUGCUGAUGUCUCCUUUGGGAGCACAGCUGGUCCUGGAUCCUGGGAAUUCCGCUCUCCUUGGUUGCCCCAUCCAAGGUCACCCCACUCCCAAUAUCACCUGGUUCUAUGGUGACCAGCCAAUAGCCACUGCCACAGGAUUGGAAUAUCGUAUCUUGGCAGCAGGACAGAUUCUUCAGGUUGCAAAUCUUAGUGGUGGGUCUCAAAGAGAAUUCCGAUGCCUUGCUCAGAACGAGGCGGGAAUGCUUGUACAGAAGGCUUCUCUAGUGAUCCAAGAGUAUUGGUGGUCCGUGGACAGACUGGGGACCUGCUCAGCCUCUUGUGGUAACAGGGGCAUCCAGCAGCCCCGGCUGCGAUGUCUCCUGAACAGCACAGAAGUCAGCCCUGCUCACUGCGCGGGAAAGGUGCGCCCUGCUGUCCAGCCCGUCGCCUGCAACCGGAGAGACUGCCCUUCUCGAUGGAUGGUGACCUCUUGGUCCGCCUGUUCCCGGAGCUGUGGGGGAGGAGUCCAGACCCGCCGGGUGACCUGUCAGAAGCUGAAAGCAUCUGGGAUUUCCAUUCCUGUACCCAACGACAUAUGCAUCCAGCUUGCCAAACGGCCUGUGGACACACAAGCGUGUAACCAACAGCUCUGCGUGGAGUGGGCCUUCUCCAGCUGGGGCCAGUGCAAUGGGCCGUGCAUCGGGCCUCGCCUCGCUGUACAGCACAGGCAGGUCUUCUGCCAGACACGCGACGGUGUCACCUUAGCAUCAGAGCAGUGCAGCGCCCUGCCCAGGCCCGUGAGCACCCAGAACUGCUGGUCGGAGGCCUGUAGCGUCCACUGGAGGGUCAGCCUCUGGACCCUGUGCACAGCGACCUGCGGCAACUAUGGCUUCCAGUCACGGCGGGUGGAGUGUGUGCACGUCCGCACCAACAAGGCAGUGCCUGAGCACCUGUGCUCCUGGGGGCCCCGGCCCGCCAACUGGCAGCGCUGCAACAUUACCCCCUGUGAAAACAUGGAGUGCAGAGACACCACCAGGUACUGCGAGAAGGUGAAGCAGCUGAAGCUCUGCCGGCUCAGCCCGUUCCAGUCGCGCUGCUGUGGAACUUGUGGCAAAGCGUGA